AUGGUGAUCGCUUAUGAAUUGAAUACCGCACUCUCGCGAGAUCCUGUCAUUGUGGUCACUGUCUUCGGUGCUCUGGCCACUUUGCCACCGCGUUGCGCUUUUAAGCCCUGCGCUUACGCCAAGUCGAGCCUGGCUCGCCGGAAUCUCUGUUCUGGAGCCCGAGUUGGCAAUCAUCUGUGCGAACCUGCAGCUCCUCAGGUCCGUCCUAUCAGGAUCUUUUCUACCAAGGACAAAAAGUAUGAAGUUUCCGAUGGCCAGACCUUCGAGCGGUUACCGGAGCAGGGAGGGAUCUAUUCCCUGAAUCAAAUCGAUCAUGAACCCACCCAGACCAAGGUCAGCACUGGAUCAUCGUCUCGAAAAGGGCUUCGAAAGAGCGUGGAUCUGCUUGUCUCAACCACCCAGACCACUGACGAGGACCAGCAGGGCUUGGCGGUAUAUGAGGCGCAGCAUGGGAUCGACAUCAUCGAGGAAAUUGACAUCGAGCAUCGUUCAGUACGUGGGUGA